UUGUGCUACCAUUCUCUAUUGUUGUGUAUGUUGUCUGUGAAUUUAAAUAAAAUAUUGUGUUUAGAAUUUUUCUCGUUUAGGUAAACAAUUAUAAGCACAUAAGUAAAGUGUGAUAUAGAAAUGCAGCUGUUUGGUUAAAUUAAUGGCUAAGUAAUUUACCAUUCGUAAAAUUUUUUGUGAUAAAGCGUGUGAAGCUAAUUUAAAAUGGAAUUUCCAUUUGAAGUUAAUACUUUAUUUCCUAGCAACAUAGUGAAGGUUGGAAGAGAUCUAUUACCUGAAUGUUUCACAGGAACCCGUCGUGAUCGCGAAGAUGCUGUGAUUAAAAUUUCCAAUGUGCUGGAUGAAAUUGGCCAAAAAUCAGCUUAUGCACAGGAUCUGAAUGUGGCUAUAACGAGUGCUGAGCGCCUGAGGAAUUCCAACCAGAUUGUGUACAUCUUAACUGAUCCUGAUGGAGCAGAGGGCAAAGGCACCAUUGUUGGCAUGCUGAAGGUGGGCCGAAAGAACUUGUUCUUGUUUGAUGAAACUGGUAAAAACUAUGAAAUGCAGGCCUUGUGUAUCUUGGACUUCUAUAUACAUGAAUCCAAACAAAGGAUGGGUUAUGGAUUGGUCAUGUAUGAACAUAUGCUCAGGGAAGAAAAUAUUUCUCCUCAGCACCUUGCGAUUGACAGGCCUUCUUUGAAGCUCUUGAAAUUUUUGCAGAAGCAUUAUGGACUUGAGAAAAUUCUACCUCAGUCCAACAAUUUUGUAGUUUUCGAUGGAUUUUUCACUGAUCGGCCAGAUUCCCCAAACCAAGCAGAUUCUCAGUCUUAUACACAGAUGUUGGGAGCUGGUGUAGGACAAUCAAGAUGCUCGGUUGGGCGAAUUAAUAUUCUCAGUAUGGACCAUGAUAAGGACGAACGUCAGCAGCAGACUACUGGCCGGUAUGCAGCUUACAAACCUCCCUCAACGAUGGGAAAAAUUCUGCAGACAAGCUCCAUAAAUUCAGUCCAUAAGCAAAGAGAGGAGACCAACUUACAGUAUUCAGGAGCAAAUUCCCAACAGAACAGUGGCAGAUUCAUGGCGUACAAUCCACCAGCAACAAUGGGAAAUAUUAUGCAGAGUGAUGUGAAAAAUUCAUUCCAGCAGACUAUUGAGGAGACUGUUAUGCAACAUGAUGCAGUACAUUCCAAGGAAAAUUUUGGCAGACACACUGCAUACAACCCGGCUUCUACAAUGGGAGAUUUUUUCCAGACUGGCACAGAACAUUCAUUCCAACAUAAUAAUGACUCUGACACUUCCCUGAACGUCCCUGUGACCGUUGAGUCGCAGAAUGGUGCAGUUGCCUCACCUCAGUUCUGUCGCUUGGACAGUCACGAAACUCCGCCAGCUCAUCGUGAUCUCAAGUUUUACCACACACAGCUUUGGAAGACUCAGAACGGAUGCGAGGCCCGCCUUGAAAGCAACGGAAACCCAGUAGCCGUGGGCUCUGGGGCAAGUGUGUGGGCGAACCCUUGCACCAGUGUCACAAAGUGUCUCAAUGGAUGGUCCGAGUAGACACAAGCACCACACACACACACUUACACAGGCAAGCAGUUUAAGCUGACCAGAACUGCUUCAAUCAUUUCAAAUGCUUUUUGUCCAAGCAGUUCUCAAAUUAUGCUACAUCAAUUUGGUACAUACCAAACCUAUGAAUGCAAGUAAUGCAGUGUAAAUUGUAAUGUCAGUAUGCUUGGGAGUUACUUAAGAAUUGAUUCAAAUUUUAAUUUAUUUUUCCUCACUAAUCACAUUCUAUUUGAAAGUUAUUUUAAUUGAGUUGGACUUCUGUAUGCACAUAUAUGGGAAAUAAAAAGAAUUCACAUUUGUAGAGCAAUAAAAUGACUUUUAGUUC